AAAGAUGAGAAGUUACUCAUUUCCCAAAGCAAGGCCAGCAAUACUCAAACUACCCAGCAUAGUAGAUCGAGUGCAUACAUCGUACGUCUAUUGUUCUUCUCAAAGGAAAUAAAGCUAAAACAUGAAGAUGGGAGAAAACGCCGCCAGCGCCGCCAUGCACCAGAAAGUGUUCGACGUCUCAAUCAACGUCGGCGAAUCCAAGUGCUUCGACGACGAUGGCCGUCUCAAGAGAACUGGGACUGUUUGGACUGCAAGUGCACACAUUAUAACCGCCGUGAUCGGGUCUGGGGUUCUGUCCUUGGCAUGGGCGACAGCCCAGCUUGGAUGGGUUGCCGGCCCCACCGUGAUGCUUCUCUUCUCCUUCGUCACCUACUACACCUCCGUCCUUCUCUCCGAAUGUUACCGUUCCGGCGACCCCGUCGACGGAAAGAGGAACUAUACUUACAUGGACGCCGUCCGGUCAAAUCUCGGUUCACUUCAGGUCAAGAUUUGUGGGCUCAUUCAAUAUGCAAAUCUGUUUGGUGUUGCUAUUGGUUACACCAUUGCCUCUUCCAUAAGUAUGAUGGCAAUAAAGAGGUCAAAUUGCUUCCAUGCAAGUGGUGGAAAGAACCCGUGUCAGAUAAACAGCAACCCAUACAUGAUCAUGUUUGGUGUGAUAGAAAUCAUUUUCUCUCAAAUCCCAGAUUUUGAUCAGAUUUGGUGGCUUUCAAUUGUUGCUGCUGUCAUGUCCUUCACAUACUCCACCAUUGGGCUUGGGCUUGGAGUUGCAAAAGUUGCAGAGAAUGGGAAAGUCCUAGGAAGCCUUACUGGAAUUAGCAUUGGAACUGUGUCUGAAAUGCAAAAGAUUUGGCGAAGUUCCCAAGCACUUGGAGCCAUAGCCUUUGCCUAUUCUUACUCCCUCAUCCUUAUUGAGAUUCAGGACACUGUAAAAUCUCCACCUGCAGAAUCCAAGACAAUGAAGAAGGCAACUCUAAUCAGCGUAGUGGUGACAACCAUAUUCUACAUGAUGUGCGGCUGCUUCGGCUACGCCGCCUUCGGAGACCAGUCGCCGGGGAACCUCCUAACCGGCUUCGGCUUCUACAACCCAUUCUGGCUCCUCGACAUCGCCAACGCCGCCAUCGUCAUCCACCUCGUCGGCGCCUACCAAGUCUACUGCCAACCCCUCUUCGCCUUCGUCGAAAAAACCGCAACCCAAUACUACCCUCACAACAAACUCAUCACCACCGAAAUCCAAAUCCCCAUCCCCGGUUCCAACAACCCUUACAAACUCAACCUUUUCCGCUUAAUUUGGCGAACCGUUUUCGUGGUCCUAACCACCGUUAUCUCUAUGCUCCUCCCCUUCUUCAAUGACAUCGUUGGGAUCCUCGGGGCCUUUGGGUUCUGGCCCUUGACGGUUUAUUUCCCAGUUGAAAUGUAUAUAGUUCAAAAGAAGAUCCCUAAGUGGAGCACCAAAUGGAUCUGCCUCCAAACGCUCAGCGCGGCGUGCCUCGUCAUAUCCAUUGCCGCUGCCGUGGGGUCUUUUGCUGGAGUUGUUUCUGACCUUCAAGUCUACAAGCCAUUCAAGACCAGUUACUGAAGAUUUCGGAGUUUAGGUUUAAAGAUUGGUUGUGAUGUUCAUAGUGAAUUUAUAUUAGUUGAUGAUAUAUAUGUGCCUAGAUCGAGCCUAAAGGUGGCAAUGCAAAGAUGCCUAUAGAUGUAAUGUUGGGUUAAUUGUUAGUUCAUGGGAGAUAAGUCGGAUAUAUCAAUGUCUAUAUGUAAUUCCAAAUUCAGAUAUAUGAAUCUAUAACUUCCAAUC